AUGCUUAAUUUCAAGCAAAAACAACGUGCAGCCCGUAUUCAACAACUUGAAUCCUACCAUGCCCCCUUCAGCGAUCUAGACAGAGAGAUCGUCAACAAGCCUAUUAAAGAACUUGUUCAAGAGGCCCAAAAUGAUUCAAGCAAAGCUAAAGAAAAUCUUGACACUUAUGGGAAGGUGGCCCUCAACGCACAUGAGAAGACCAACUGUCUGACAGAAGGACCCCUAGCGGGAAUUCCUGUGAGCUUGAAAGAUACUGUUGAAGUGGAAGGGUAUGAUAGUACUGUUGGUAUGAGUACACACAUUUCCAAGCCGCUCAGACAGGAUGGAAAUAUGGUUAGGAUCUUGAAAGACGCGGGCGCUGUGCCGUAUGUCAAAACGAACGUCCCUAUCACGCUCCUAAGCUUUGAGUCAUCGAACCAUGUCUGGGGAGAGACGGCCAACCCAUAUAAUAAGGAAUAUACCGCUGGCGGUUCAACAGGUGGUGAAGGUGCAUUAUUGGCACUAGGUGGUCGAAUCGGCAUCGGAAGUGAUGUCGCCGGUAGUGUCCGAUGCCCGGCUCACUUUUCCGGUUGCUACGCUCUCAAAUGUUCGACGGGUAGAUGGCUCAAGACAGGUGUUGUGACGAGUAUGCCAGGUCAAGAUGGUGUUCCGGCAGUCUACAGCCCCAUGGCACGUACACUCAACGACUUGACUUACUUCACUCGAUCGAUUAUUCAGAUGAAGCCCUGGACUUAUGACUAUUCUUGUCACCCAUUGCCCUGGAGGUCCGAUAUUGAACAGGAGUACACAGAGAAAAAGAGUCUGCGAGUGGGCAUUCUUCGUUCAGAUGGUGUCGUUGAUCCAAGUCCUGCCUGCCAAAGAGCCUUGGAGAUGACUGAAGCUGCGCUUAGAGAAGCAGGACACGAAAUUAUUGAGAUCGAUCCUCCUUCUCCUUACGAAGCCCUACGCCUAGCUUCCAUCCUUCUAUGCAGUGAUGGUCUCCAAACUGUCAAGUCCUUCUUCAGCACAGGCGAAUCGAACGACCGAGGUGCUGCCCAAAUGACCUUUUAUUUUAAUCUUCCUCGACCCAUUAAGUACUUACACUACCUCUGGGUGAAGUACGUCCGCAAGGAUGAUAUCUGGGCUGGACUUCUGCGCAACUGGCACCCUCAAUCUGGGUACGAGAUUUGGCAGCUCAAUGCCCAACGGGAGCUUUACAAAAGACGCUGGUAUGAUUGGUGGUCCAACGCAGGAAUUGAUUGCAUGAUUGCGCCUCCAAAUGCUACCCCGGCCGUUCCUCACAAAGGCAUGCAUGAUGCCUGCAGCAGCUGCGGCUAUACGUUCAUGUUUAACUUGCUUGAUUAUACCGCCGGCGUUCUACCGGUCACUCAUGUUGAUAAAAGUCAAGACCAAUUACCAAAAGACUUCAAUUUCAAGAGCCUUAAUGGCGUGGCGCAGGGUGCGUAUAAACUAUACGACGCCACCGCCAUGCAUGGGUUACCGGUGGGUGUUCAAGUAAUUGGACGUCGAUUGGAAGAAGAGAAAGUGUUGGCAAUCAUGAAGAGAGUUGAGGAUGCUUUAGGUGAUGAAAGAUUCCCUUUGCUCGAACUAGACUAG